AUGACUGCAGUAAAAAAUUUACCAGUGUGUGCAGUACAAGAUUGUUGUUUUAAUACGAUUAAUAAACUCAGCAAAAAUGUUGAAGAAAUUUGUGUGAAAACUAAAGACUGGUAUGCUAACUGGAUACAAGAAAGAAGAUAUAGGAUAACAGGUUCUACUUGUUAUGAAUUCUUUACAUAUACGAACAAUAAAAAUGCAGACUGGAAUAAGAAGUGUGAUAAUAUUUUAAAGCCAAAAAAUUUUAAAACAGAGUUUACUGAAUACGGAAAAAAGUUUGAGGCAGAAGCACGCAGAGCCUUUGCAAAAGGUACAAAUUCUGAAGUAGUCGAAAUUGGAUUGGUUAUCUCAAGACUCAAUCCAUGGUUGGCCUAUUCACCGGAUGGAAUUAUUGUUAAAAGUGACAAACCAGUUGCUUUAUUAGAAAUAAAGUGCCCAUUUAUUGGCAAAACUGCAAAUAUUGAAAACACCGUGAAUAGUCUAAUAAAUAAGUGCUUACAGAAAAAAAAAGAAAAUAUUGUCUUAAAAGAAAAGCAUUGGUAUUACGGACAAGUACAAUUAGGCAUGGCAGUGUUAAAUUUAAAUUUAACAUAUUUUGUCAUUUAUUCUAGUUUUGACAAGCAAUAUUUUACUUUAAGCACCAAUGCUACAGGCAUUACUGAUCCAAGAAUUUUAAAAGUCUUGAUACGCUAG